GGUAUCUGGCGGCUGCGCGGUGCGCCUGCGCAGUGUCACCGUGCACGUGUUGGGGUUUUUGGGGUCGCAGGUUCCUGGGGAUGGAAACCGAGAUGGAGGCGCAGGCCCCUGGGGCCGAAGAUGGCUUCACUCAAGUCACUCGCAAGGGCGGCCGGCGCGCGAAGAAACGGCAGGCUGAGCAGCUGUCCGCAACGGGGGAGGGCGGCGAUGGAGGCCGCAUGGACACCGAGGAGGGCCGGCCGGCCAAGAGGCCGGUCUUCCCGCCGCUCUCCGGGGACGGGCUGCUGAGUGGGAAGGAAGAAAUGAGGAAAAUCCCAGUCCCAGCUAAUAGAUACACUCCACUGAAAGAAAACUGGAUGAAGAUAUUUACUCCUAUUGUAGAACACUUGGGACUGCAGAUUCGCUUUAACUUGAAAUCGAGGAACGUGGAGAUUAGAACUUGUAAAGAAACCAAGGAUGUCAGUUCCCUGACCAAAGCUGCUGAUUUUGUGAAAGCCUUUCUUCUUGGCUUUCAGGUGGAGGAUGCGCUGGCUCUCAUCAGACUGGAUGACCUCUUCUUGGAGUCCUUUGAAAUAACUGAUGUUAAGCCCCUAAAGGGAGACCACUUGUCCAGGGCAAUAGGGAGGAUUGCUGGCAAAGGAGGAAAAACCAAAUUCACCAUAGAGAAUGUGACACGGACACGGAUAGUCCUGGCUGAUGUGAAGGUUCAUAUUCUUGGCUCUUUCCAAAAUAUCAAGAUGGCAAGAACUGCCAUUUGCAAUCUCAUUCUGGGAAAUCCUCCAUCAAAGGUCUAUGGCAAUAUUCGAGCUGUGGCUAGCAGGUCAGCAGAUCGAUUCUGAUUUCACCUGAGGCUCUUUAUCUUUGGACUCUGAAGCCCUGGAAGACCUAACUGCAGGUGGUCCCACGAAACCAUGCCACUUAGGGCCUCCUUUCCUCCUUCAUUCUCAGCAAGCUGCAUACAUGCAAAGGUUUACUACCAUUCACUCUCAAUAGCUUUUUGGGCAAUAUAAAUGUCAGAACCUAAUAUUGUUAAUAUACUUAGACAUUAAAUAUAAUUUACCUUUUUUAAAGCACAUGUAGCAGAUUUGCCUCAUUUGUAAAUCUCUUAUUUAGGAGAGAUGUCUUGCUUAAACAGUUGUUCUGUAUGAAUGUGUAGCUUUUUAUUUAUGAAUUUGUAACUUUGAGUGUUUACACAUUUCUUUCUUCUGUAUAAAUUGUAAUUAAAAGUUUGUCUCAGGAAACUUCCUUGAAUCAUGACCCUUAGUACUGAGGAUUUGAAUUUUUUUAAUUGGGUCAAGCAGCUGUGUUACACUAAGUGACUAAUCUCUAUACAUAUUUUGCAGUUUAUAAAAUUAAAGAUCUCUAAGAAAAAUA